AUGGCGAUUUCUUACGGCUUGACACUCUUGCUCUCCUUGUGCGUGCUGCUGGCUACGACGUCCGUUUUCGCCGAACGAGAGGUGGCCGAAGCAUAUAUCGAUCCCGACGAUGGCCGCACCGUCAUGGAGAUCAUCAAAGCUCGCGGCUACGACGUCGAAGAGCACAAAGUAACAACCUCGGACAACUACAUUUUGACCAUGUACCGCCUGCCUAAGACGCACACCGAGAGCCAACAAAACGCUAUAGCCGCAGCCAACAAACCAGCAGUCUACUUGAUCCAUGGCCUGCUCGACAGCAGCUUCACCUACGUGUGCAACUUCCGCAACCAGAGCUUGGCUUUCGUCCUCGCAGACGCCGGGUACGACGUCUGGCUCGGCAACAACCGCGGCACAACCUGGUCGAACCAGCACGUGACCUACACGACCGACGACGAUGAAUACUGGGCGUUCUCGUGGCAGGAAAUGGCAUUGUACGACAUGCCCGCGAUGCUCAACUACGUGCUGAGCACGACAGGCCACUCGACGCUCAGCUAUGUCGGACACUCGGAAGGAACCAUGCAAGCGUUCGCCGGGUUCUCAGUCAACCAGGAACUGGCCAAAAAGGUUUCGUAUUUCGGUGCGCUUGCCCCCGUCGCGUACCUGGGCCACACCACUUCACCAAUCUUCAAACUCAUGGCCGAUUCAUACCUGGACGUCCUGUUUACAAUUCUAGGUGUCGGUCCCUUCUGGGAGACAAAUUGGCUGAUCCAAGGAAUCUUAGCUAAGUACGCUUGUGCAUUCAUCAACCAGGCCUGUGGCUCAAUCAUCAACGCGCUCACGGGGCCGUCGGACAAUGUGAACACCACACGAUUGCAAGUGUAUAUCUCGCAAACACCUGCGGGAACUUCGGUGAAGAACAUGGCUCACUUUGCACAAGGCAUUCGUGACAACACGUUCCGAUACUACGACUACGGCUGCAAAUGUGUGCGAGCAUUGGGUCUGGCUUUGUGCUCCAAGCUCAUCUGCAAAAAUAAAGAGGUGUACGGCGCUUUCGACCCGCCUGCGUUUGAUCUCGGGGCCGUGACGUAUCCACGAAUGGGAUUUUACACGGGCACCGACGACUGGCUGGCCACCAGCACCGACAUUUCUCAACUUCGCGCUGGACUCAAGAGCGCAACGAUUCUCACCGACCAAAGCGUCGAGUACAACCACCUGGACUUCACAUGGGGCUUUAAUGCCAACGAAUUGAUCUACCAAGACCUGCUCACUCAGAUUGCUAAGCACGUUGAUGUCGGGUACUAG